UGUCCAGUUUGAGAUUUUAUUUUUAUUACAAUUUAAAUUAAAAAUAAAAAUUCAAACUGGACAAUUUAUUUUUAGCACAAUUUAAAUUAAAAAUAAAAACUCAAAUUGGACAAUAAUUAUGGACGGAGUGAUAAUGUGCAUCAUUGCAGAGCAACAUCAGAGACUGUGGGUUUUUGUUCUUGUUUCCAAUAAUGGACCUAUGUAGUUGGGCCUGGGCCGGUAAAAGGCUCAAUAAUGAGAUGGAGCGAAAAUAUCAAUGCAGCUGUACAAUCUCAUUCUUCAGAAACAUAUAUAGAAGCAGCAACCGAGUUAAGAGUGACUCGUCGGAAGACUUGACUCAGCAGCAGCUGUAAAGCCAAAAGGAAGGAAAGAGAUGGGGAGCGCGGGCGGUGGACCGGCGGCGCAGGCUGCCCAAAUUCCGACUAGCUUCGGUCACGAGCUCCGAGCUUGCCUUCGUUGCCGUCUCAUCAAGACCUACGAUCAGUUUAGGGAAUCGGGAUGCGAGAACUGCCCUUUCUUCAAGAUGGAUGAAGAUAAUGAGCGCGUUGCUGACUGCACCACUCCUAAUUUUACUGGGUGAGUACCCCCGCUCGCUCUUACAAUUUUGUUUUUCUUUUUUCAUCUUCAUCAUUGUUUUAUUUGGAGCUUUGUUAGUAUUGUAUUAUCUCUAAAUUUGGAGUACGUUUUGGUGAUAGCAUUAUCUCGGUGAUGGACCCUUCUCGGAGCUGGGCUGCUCGCUGGCUUAGGAUAAGUAUGACCCCUUCUCUUUGCUUUACACCCUCAUUCUUCUUUAUGUAUGGGAAAAAGCCUCAUUUUUGUUUGGUUUAAAUUACCCAUUGUCUUGAUAGCAUCCACCAAUUUAUUUUAUUUUUUUUUGUUAUCUGUUCCUUAAAUGAUGAAUAUGAAUUUAGCUAUUGGACCCGGAUUGGUUCACUUUUGGGAAAAUAAAUAAUUGAACAAUUUGAAGUGGUCAACAGUUGUAUUUGAUUGUUGAUGCCAGUAUUUCCACUGUUACCAGUUUGGGGUUGAGUUUCUCAGUUGUUCUGUUUUUAUGUCUGUGUCAAAGUUUAGAUUUUUAUGCUGGAGAUAAGUCUAUGUGCCUGUUACCCUGGGAAUACCUUCUAACUGUUCUGCGCCUCCAAGAAGCCUUUCUUUCUUACUUUACCUUUCUUGGGUUGGUUGUUGCUACCUCAUACUUUUUUUGGCUGAAAACUUAAAUUUUCACUUCCACUUUGUUAUACUUCAGAACUUUUUUUAAUCUUCUGUACUUGUGAGAUUGGAGCACUCAUCAAUCCUUAAGUGAUAUGAUUCUUAAUUUGACUGCAGGUAAAAAUGUCCCUGGUUGUUACACUCUUGCAGUCUCAGAAGCUCUUCCAGAAGACCUCCAGGUUUUUAACUUUUAAGCAUUUGCAAAUGAUUUUAUGACAAAUUCUGUCAUUGUCUCCCUUAUUUUCUGUUCAUUUGGCAGCAGAAUCUCAUGGCUCAGUUUUAGCUUAAAAGUCACUCUCUUACUUGUACCUGUCUGAUGUUUGAUCUCGUGGAUAUGGAAAAACAACACUUUGUAUAAAGACACAAAGCUAGAUGGAGAUAAUGCUAGGCUUUACGUCUUAGUUUUUUAACUCUCCUAAUGAAAAACAAAGCUAGAAGCUAGAUGGAGUCUGCUUUCCUUUACUUUUCUUUUUGUAAUUUAUUUACUUUUACGUCUUAGUUUUUCUUAUGCACCUUCCUGACUAGCAUUUUCAACUCUCCUAAUGAAACUGGAAAACAGCAGUUUCCUGUAGAUACGUUGCAGAUAUUUGCCGCUUGAAUCUGUCGAUUCUAGGUAUUAUCCUGCUUAUCUAAAAUUUCCACAUUGUUUGCAGAAUCUUUGCGAAGAUGAACGAGUGCCAUAUGUCCCACCAAAGAGGGUAUGACUGCUAUCAAACUGAUGCGGCGAGAGGUUACUCCAGAAAGAACCAUCAUGGUGUAUCCUGUUGCAGUUGUUGCAAGUAGGAACUCGUGUAUGAUUGUGAACUGGGAUUUAGGGCUGUGAAUAUGUCUUUUCUUUGGAAGAAUAGCUAUCUUGAAUUUAGAUGACUAGUUUGCGAUCUUAAGUUCUUAACUAGUAGAGUUGGGUCACUCUAGCCUGGAGCUUGAAAAUACUCUACAUUAAUAUAAUUUAUUUGUGAUGUAGCCAUCUUGUUGUGCGCGUGUAUGGUGUUUGUGGGGGUGGGGAGAGGAUUCUGGAUUUGAAAGCUGUAUGCCCUGUGCCUAAAAUACAUUGUUUGGACGUCAUCUUACAUUUCAUUGUCACUUAAAAGUGAAAAAUGUUUUUAAGUUAAAAACUAAAUGGGAAAUGAAAUUGUUGUUUGGAUGGUAUUUUGAGCAAAAAGUUGUUUGGAUGUUAGUUUUGAAAAAAAUCUUUUGAACUACAUGAGUCAUCACUAAACAAUUAAAUACUAUUCUCUCUGUCUUAAAAUUAUUGUCCAGUUUGAGAUUUCACUUUUAGUAUAAUUUGAGCUAGAAAUGAAAACUCAAAUUGGACAAUAAUUAUGGGACGGAGGGAGUAUCAAUUAUAGUCACUGUAAAAAAGAACUUUUCUAAAAAUAAUCACUCAACAACAGAAUUCUGUCAAAUUUGUCACUGAAUUAUUUAUAGUUCUAAAAUGGUCAUUACACUAACAAAAAGUGUUUUAAGUUGGAAUUUAAAAUGUAAGUUAGAAAGUUGUUUGGAUGAUGUUUUUUUUUCCAUUGCGUUUUGUGUUUAAGAGGUAAAAUAAGUUAAAAAAUAAAAUGAGUGGACGUCCAAACAAGUGUUCUUUUCCCUUGAAAUCAAAUUGUUUGUGCUUGUGGUGUUUGUGCUUGUGGGAAAGAUUAUAGAGGCAGUGGUAAAUGAUCUGGGUUAAGAAUAAUCUAUGUUUUAGAAACAUAAAGUCAAAAAACCUUUUCCUAUAUUAUUCUUGUGAUGCAAUUCUUGUUUAUAUAUUGUGUUUUAUGAAAAUGAUACUUUUCGUCCGUCUCACAAAAAUUGUCUAGUUUAAUAAAAAAAAAAUUUAAAAAAAAUAAUCCAGUUUUAAAAAGUCAAAAUAAAAAACAAUAAAAAUGACUAUAACAUCCCUGACAUUUAAACUAAUUAACCCUCUAUCAAUUACCACACAAAUCAACUCCACCUUACCAACCAUCAGGUUCUCUUUCACCUUUAUCUCCCGAUCUUCCCCGCCACCUUCCGCCACCGCCUUCAGAACUAUUGUCAUGUUUAAUCUUCAAUUUCAAGACCUAAUCUCAUACAGAAACUUCUUCCCAACUUCGCCAGAGUGCCAUCUCCUUUAUUUUUUCAAGUCAAGGCAUCUCCAAUUCACGCAAUCAUCAUAACCAGAAUCGAGAGCUCCCAUCGUCGCAUCGCAUCUGAUGGUUUUGGACUCCAUUAAAGCUGCUCUAGUCUACCUUGACUAAUUCCCACUCCGAUGGCGAUGCAAAUCAGUUGGCACAAUCAACUAUAUUGAUGUCCAAAAGGCAAAAACGUUGAUUGGUGGUGGGUUGGUAAUUGAUUGUGAUAUUCUUGAUGGCUUGAUUGGGUAGUGGCGGCGGCUAUGAUCUGACCACCGGCGAGAAAAAAAGUGGAAAAAAUUUCUGGGGGUUUAAUUGUGAGCGAGCUACGUUUAAGAUAUGAUAGGGGUAGAGUUGGAAAAUUUUAAACUAAAAUAAAAUUGUACAUUGAUUGAGUUGACUAGAAUAAGAAAAUUGUAUAUUUUGAUUUUUUUGGGACGGAGGAAACAGUAUUUACUCAUUUUGGUCAAAAACAUUGAAGUUUGUUUUGAGAUGUGGAGAAAAGACCUAGGAAGAUAGAUGCAAAAGGAGUCACUAUAAAUUUCUCUUUUUUGUUACAAUGAAGAAACAAAUAUCUAAAAAUUUUUAAAUAUUAGAUUGUCGGUGAAAAGUCUACACCAAAUCGUGUUUCUAACCAUACAACCAAAAUUAAAAGUAAAAUUUGUUUCAAACCUUUGUAUGUAUCAUUGAGAGUAUUAUAAACUUUAUUAAGACGGUGUAUUUGGGAAAAACAUGAUGAAUGACCACCUGACUGUGUCAUAAACUUUUCUUUUAUUUGUUUCUUGUUAUGAUAAGGGUACUUCUAUAGUUAUUCUAACAUUAAGUAAACCACCAUUUCAAAGAAAAACUUGUUUGUUUUCUUUUUUUAGUUGAUUUUUUCGGAAUUAAAUAAUAAUAACUGUCUCAUCCCAGCAUACCUUUUUACAUUUUCAAUACAUUUUUUUAUAUUCUUAAUACAAAAAACUCCUAAAAACACACACUAAAAAAACAAAACAAACACAAACCAAACAAAUGUUAGGUAUGUAGGUCUUAACAAAAUACUCCACUAGUAACAAUUUAAGGCAGGCUGGCAAUUGCUGCUGGUUUAGGGACAAACAUUGCUUGUUAAUGUUAAUGUUUGUCGCCCACUGUAAUUAUUAUUAUUAAUUUAUAUGGAGGCGGAUCACUAAUCUGUCUGGGGGUGGGGUGCGCUGCUUAACUGACUCUUUUUUGUUUCCCAAACUACCCCUAGUUUUCACCAAAUCUGUGGUGCUAAAAGGGAAAGAGCUCGUGGUUAAAAUUUUGGGCAUCAGCCGAUCACUCUGUUGGAUUUUCAUCAACAGCGUUUUGGAAUAUUCGUUCAUAACCUUCUUCCUCUAGAAACCCACCGAGAAAAAAAAAAGAAAAAGAAGAAAAUUCAAAGACGGGGACUUUGACUGGUUUUAAGACAAACAUUAACUAAAACUGUGAGAAAGGAAAGAAUUUUCCAAUUUUCAUGUGAUUUGGAAUUAUUUUUUGGGAAAGCUGCGGUUGAUUUUUUUUCAUUUGAGCACGCAGCACAGCAGGAGGACUGAAGCCGGUAGUAGUAAUAAUUGUGUGCCACUGACAGCGAAAGCAGCCCUUAAAAUAUUUCUCUCUCUGUCUCUCUCUCUGUCUUUUGCUGUAAGAAAGAAACCAACUUCCCCACUGUUUUCCCCUUCCCACUUUUCUUCUUCCCCAAUUCUCUCUACUACUCAAUUACUUUCUCAUUCCCUUAAACCCUUUCCUUCCUUUCUUCAACCACAAACCCGCAAGCAUAAGGUUAGUAAACUAUUCAUAUUUUUACUUGUUAUUUCUCCAACAAGGUGGAAAUAAAUAAAGGGUACUACCAAAGAGAACCCAUUUUGAUGUUCAUUCUUUUUGCCCUUUUCUAAUGUUUUGUUGUGAUCUGAUCUCAAUCUCUGAAAAUUUUGCAAGUCAUUAUAGUGUUUAAAGUUUGAAUCUUUGCUAUUUUCCUUGGUCUUUUUUGGUGGUAUACUAUAUUUUGUUUCUUUCUGGCUGUUUCGAGUUACGAUUAGGAAUUGUUAUGACAAUUAAAUCUCAUUUGAGCUGGAUUUAUCAUCAUCCUGAGCAUUCCGCCUUCCCAAUCCUGUUUAAGUGUUGAAAAAUGAAUUCUUUUUUUUUAAAAAAAAAAAAAGUAAAAAAUAAAAAUUAGGGUUGUAUAUGUUAUCUUCGCCGGGUUUCCUUCUUGUCAAGCUUAAAUCUCUUUACUGGUCAUCGAGAAAGAAAGGACAGAUAAAUGGUUAGCUUCUCAUCAUGCUCUAUAAUCCUAUUCCUCUGUGUAUUACCAGAAUUCAAGAAUUAUUGGCUCAGACCUGUGCUUCGAAGUAUAAUUUUUCGUCUGCUAUGCAGUGAGUUUUAACUUCGAUGACAUGAAUGUAUGAUACUUUUACGAUGUAGCUCCUUCUUUAUGGUAGGUUUUAGUUGAUGUCCUUCUUGAUGGGUUGUUUAGGAAAUUGUGAUUCAUAUGGCCGACCUGACACUAUGAGAUGAAGGCUUAGUGCUUGUUGUGGUGGUGGGGGGAUAUACUUGUUACUGAUGUCUGUUUCUUGUGAAUCUGAAUCCAAUCAGAUACUAUGGCUAAUAUAGACAUUGAGGGGAUCUUGAAAGAGCUACCAAAUGAUGGACGUGUCCCCAAGACCAAGAUUGUCUGCACUAUUGGACCUGCCUCUCGAUCUGUGCCCAUGUUGGAGAAGCUUCUGAGAGCUGGAAUGAAUGUUGCCAGGUUCAAUUUUUCUCAUGGGACUCAUGAGUAUCACCAGGAGACCUUGAAUAAUCUCCGAAUCGCGAUGCAUAACACUCAGAUCCUUUGUGCCGUCAUGCUCGAUACCAAGGGACCUGAGAUUAGAACUGGUUUUCUGAAGGAUGCGAAACCAAUUCAGCUCAAGGAAGGACGUGAAAUUACAGUGACCACAGAUUACAACAUAAAAGGAGAUGAAGAAACCAUUUCUAUGAGCUACAAGAAGUUGGCUACGGACUUGAAGCCUGGAAAUGUUAUCUUGUGUUCUGAUGGUACUGUCACCCUUACUGUCCUGUCGUGCAAUCCAAAGGCUGGAACUGUGCAAUGUCGUUGUGAGAACACUGCCAUGUUAGGAGAGAGGAAGAAUGUUAAUCUUCCCGGUGUUGUGGUGGAUCUCCCGACCCUUACUGAUAAGGAUAAGGAAGAUAUCCUUGAAUGGGGUGUCCCUAAUAAUAUUGAUAUGAUUGCCCUAUCAUUCGUGCGGAAGGGCUCUGAUCUUGUAAACGUCCGGAAACUCCUUGGUCCCCACGCGAAGCGUAUACAGUUGAUGUCAAAGGUGGAGAAUCAAGAAGGUGUAAUCAACUUUGACGAAAUCCUACGUGAGACGGAUGCAUUCAUGGUUGCUAGGGGUGAUCUUGGUAUGGAAAUUCCGGUGGAGAAAAUCUUCCUGGCACAGAAGAUGAUGAUAUACAAGUGUAACCUUGUUGGGAAACCUGUGGUGACGGCUACUCAAAUGCUGGAAUCGAUGAUCAAGUCCCCAAGACCUACUCGUGCUGAGGCCACCGAUGUGGCCAAUGCCGUCCUAGAUGGCACAGAUUGCGUGAUGUUAAGUGGAGAGAGCGCAGCUGGGGCUUACCCUGAGCUUGCAGUGAAAAUCAUGGCCCGCAUUUGUAUUGAGGCUGAAUCCUCUCUGGACUAUGGUGCCAUUUUUAAGGAAAUGAUAAGGUCAGCCCCAUUGCCAAUGAGUCCAUUGGAGAGUCUUGCAUCCUCGGCUGUGCGUACAGCUAACAAGGCAAAAGCAAAACUCAUUGUCGUGCUGACCCGUGGUGGGACUACGGCCAAGUUAGUUGCCAAGUACAGACCGGCUGUCCCGAUUUUGUCUGUGGUCGUCCCGGUACUAACAACUGACUCCUUCGACUGGAACAUCAGCGACGAAACCCCAGCUAGGCACAGCUUGAUAUAUCGUGGCCUGAUUCCGAUUCUUGCAGAAGGUUCUGCCAAGGCCACGGAUUCAGAAUCGACUGAGGUGAUCUUGGAAGCCGCGUUGAAAUCUGCAACGAAAAAAGGGAUGUGCCAGCCUGGCGAUGCCGUGGUUGCGCUACACCGUAUUGGGGCUGCUUCUGUCAUCAAGAUUUGCUUGGUGAAGUGAUUUUGUAACAGUGGUAGAACACAUUCCCUGUUUUUUUUUAAUCUAUUAUUCUUAUGAUUAGGGUUUAUCUGGUGGUAUUAAGCUAAAGAUGGGAAUAAGGUGUAACACUUAUAUUAAGGUUUGCUAGUACUCCCAGUUUGAAGGGGGGAAAAUGCAGUAGUAAUGUACUACUAAUAUUGCAUUUGGAUUUGAUCUGGUCUCCCUGCAUUCUUUUUUUUAACUGGCAUUACAAUUUAGAGAUACGUCCCAACUUCCAAAUACCCGUCUUUUUCUCUAUAUUUUUAC